AUGACGUCCUACUUUUCUCAGGCAAAUCCUGAAGAAUUAUUAGUUCCUCCUGUCAACUUUUCGCUUGUUGCCAAAGGGAUAUACAGAGGAUCUUAUCCAAAUCAGAGAAAUUUCUCGUUUCUCCGACAUCUUGGAUUGAAGACCAUUCUAUUCUUAUGCCCAGAAGACUACUCACAAAGUAAUCAAGAAUUCUUAGACGCUAACAACAUUAAAUUGAUUCGAGUGCCUAUGGAAGGUAAUAAAGAACCAUUCAAAAUUAUUCCGACCGAACUUAUGAAUGAGGCAAUGUGUCAUUUAGCUGACCGUAGAAGUCAUCCAAUUUAUAUUCAUUGUAAUAAAGGAAAGCAUAGAACUGGAUCCGUUGUAGGAUGCUUAAGAAAGAUUCAACAAUGGACACUCACAUCGAUCUUUGAAGAGUAUAGACGUUUUACUGGAACCAAAGCUCGUCAAAUAGAUGAACAAUUUAUCGAAUUAUAUAAUCCUCCUGUUCAGAAGCUUCCUCAUGAAUACUUACCAGAAUGCCUUGCCCAUCUUAAGUAA